GUAGAAGUAGGGUUUCUGUAUGACUUAAAAUAAACAAAAUAAAUGUUGUGUGAACGUCGCAUGCGGCUCUCGCGAGACUUUAGGUAACCGGUAGGUUACCUUCUAGAAACGAGCAAAAACCUGCUGCUGGUUACGAUGACUGAGACACACACGUCGGUCACACAACCUCCCGACUCAUCACACUGGACGUUUCUCCAUUUAUUGUGAACGAUGAGAAGGGCUGGGAUCAAAACUUAAAGGGCUAUAACACUAAAGCUGACAUUUCUUGAUUUACGGGACUAUUAUUAGAUAAGAGAGAAGUCUCUAGAAUCAGUUGUGUCGCUAUCAGCACUGGACUGACUGUGUUUAAAACCCUUCUGCGUACAGACAUGAGGAGUUUGCCGUAUUUCUGCCGGGGAGAGGUUGUCCAUGGAUUUGGACGAGGAAGCAAAGAGCUGGGCAUCCCGACAGCCAACUUCCCGGAGUCAGUGGUGGACAGUCUCCCCGCUGACAUCAAUACCGGCAUCUACUAUGGGUGGGCACGCGUGGACAACGGAGAUAUUCACAAGAUGGUGAUGAGCAUUGGCUGGAACCCUUACUACAAAAACACCAAGAAGUCAAUGGAAACGCAUGUGAUCCACACGUUUAAGGAAGAUUUUUACGGCCAGAUUUUGAGUGUGGCUAUGGUGGGCUAUAUUCGCCCUGAGAGGGGAUUCAAAUCACUUGAUGAGUUGAUAGCAGCGAUUCACAGUGACAUUGAGGAGGCAAAGAGAAAGCUGGACCUGCCAGAGCACUUGAAACUGAAAGAGGAUAACUUUUUCAAGACACCAGUAUCCACAACUACCAGAUCUGAUAAGAUCAUGAAUGGUCAUUGAACUUAACACUGUACUCACCUUCCCCUCUUUCUGAUAACCUCUGGAGAAAAAACAACAACGAGAUAUUUCAAAUGCAGUUUGUUAUUUUUUAAUAUUAAAAAAGAUGUCCCAGUUUGGUGCUUUGGCCAAGUGCAGGCACUAAAUGCAGGAUGCAUGUGCAACACUUGUUAUUUUCAGGGAAUCAAUUUGUUUUAUUUCUGUGUCUUUCUGUCUGUGUAUGAUACACAAAGAGGGAUUCGGGUUACAUAACUAAGAACGUCUGAGAUAUCAUCACUUCAGUUCACGCUAUUUAAACGUCGCAGAGCCUGUCCGAAAGUGAAGGCAAACAGAAAAUUGCUGCCAUCAUGUUACACAUGAACCCUGUCCUAAAAAGAAAGCUUCCCCUUCACAGAACUCAUGUUUACCACAGAUCCCUUGCAGUGAUACUAUGUGAAAGUCAGGGAGUGUUCUUUCUUCUUUUAACAACAAAAUUCCACUGUAGACACAUCAUUCUGUUGUUAGUUACAACCUAACUUCAUUGUUUAGGAAAGACUUGAAAAGGGAUUAAAGGGAUAGUUCACCCAAAAAUGAAAAUUCUCUCAUCAUUUAGUCACCUUCAUGAUAUCGCAGAUGUGUAUGACUUACUUUCUUCUGCUGAACACAAACAAAGAUUUUUAGAAGAAUAUCUCAGCUCUGUAGGUCCAUACAAUGUAAGUAAAUGGUGGCCAGAACUUUGGAGCUCCAAAAAGCACAAAGGCAGCAUCAGUAUGACUCCAGUGGUUAAAUUAAUGUCUUUUUUUUUGGGGGGGGGGGGUAUUUUUCCCCUUUUUCACCCAAUUUGGAAUGCCCAAUUCCCAAUGCGCUUUUAAGUCCUCAUGGUCACGUAGUGAUUCGCCUCAGUCUGGGUGGCAGAGGACGAAUCCCAGCUGCCUCUGCGUCUGAGACCGCCAACCCAUGCAUCUUAUCACGUGGCUUGUUGAGCGCACGGAGACAUAGUGCGUGUGGAGGCUUCACGGCAUCCACCGUGGCAUCCACGCUCAACUCACCACACGUCCCACUGAGAACGAACCACAUUAUAGCGACCAUGAGGAGGUUACCCCAUGUGACUCUACCCUCCCUAGCAACCGGGCCAGUUUGGUUGCUUAGGAGCCCUGGCUGGAGUCACCCAGCAUGCCCUGGGAUUCGAACUAGCGAACUCCAGGGUGGUAGCCAGUGUCUUUUACCACUGAGCUACCCAGGCCCCCAAAUUCAUGUCUUCUGAAGCAAUAUGCUAGGUUUGGGAGGGAAGUGGAUCGAUAUUCAAGUAAUUUUUACUAUAAAUUCUCCUCCCUGCCCAGUAGGUGGCGAUAUGCAAGAAGAAUGUGAAUUACCAAAAACAAAUGAACACUUGCAUUGUAUGGACCUACAGAGCUGAAAUAUUCCUCUAAAAAUCUUCAUUUGUGUUCUGCAGAAGAAAUAAAGUCAUUCACAUCUGGGAUGGCAUGAGUGUGAGUAAAUGAUGAGAGAAUUUUCAGUUUUGUGUGAACUAUCCCUUUAAGCUACUCACUUCAGUAAUCAUUGAAAUUGGAAUUUCUCCUCUAUGAGACAAAAUGAGUCGUUUUUAUGGUUCUCAGAGAACCGUGCCCUGAGGUGGAAGUCCAAGGCUGAGAUAAAGAGAGCUAAAGCCCAGUUUGUCAUACUGCAACGCACAACUGGUCAGAUGGAGGUUAAACAGUGACUGAAGGCAACUCUGGCUGUACAUAAUUCUUUGAAUGAACGAUAAUGGUCUUUUAAGUAUUUAAGUGUGUACAGAGCCCUGUGUAGCAGAUAAGUUGCUAUUAUGUACUUUGUAGUGCUAAACCUUCAGCUAAAAUAACUGCUGCCUUUUUACUUUACGUUUACUUUGGUUAAACAUUUAAUCGUUUUUAUUUUUUUAGAGAGACACAACAGACUAUAAGAUUCAGUUCAUGUAGAUUCAUAACUGUGUUGCAUUUCCAUCAUUUGAAACAAGUAAUAUGCUGCUAGUUUGGCAUCAGACUGCAAGAAUUCUUUGCGAGAUGAGCUCAGGAAGGUGACAUUAUUUAAGACCUGUACAAUUUGCCGUGUUUAAUGUUGUAAUCCUUGCAUUCAGAGGGUGUUUAGACUUAUUAAACUGCAUCCUUAAUGUUUCGGUACAGUGUGAAUAGUUUGCUUCGUAGGUCAUGGCAGUGCCUUAAACGUGUAAAAGAAUCAAAAUACUAACAUACAGUGCACAAUCAAGCAUUCCUUCAAGGUUAUUAAGUGACACCAACCAGUAAGCAUUAAGCAACAAAAAUGCCUUAUAUGCUGUUUUAAUGUUGUGUUUUUGUGAAAUCAUUCUGUAAUCUGUUAUCAUUAUAGGGCAACUCUUUAAUUUUGAUGCCACAUACAUUUAUAAUCUCUUGAUUAAUGGAAAUAAAGGAGCUAAAUGUAUUAUAAAUCAUCUUGUCACUCAUUGCUUGACAGCUUUGAUGUUACAAACAAGAAGCCUUUGCCUCCAAUGAACAUUUGUUCAAUGGAAAUAUACCUAUAUUCAACUGGUUUGCUUAGUAUCUGUCUUCAGGUACUGUGUCAAGGUUGCAGUUAAGCUUAACCCCAAAAACAGGUCUAGCAUGAGUUCUUAUUCCCUCAUUAGACCCCAAAAUAGCCCAAAGCCUUGUGAGACUGAAGACUAGCUACUCAGAAUAUCAAUGCCAACCUCAAUGGUUUGAGCAUUCUGAAUGAGCUAAGAAUUUUGAUCGUUUCAUUAAAUUUAUGUAAUGGUUGCCCAUUUUAAAUCUCUGUAUGGAUAAAGGAUAACUAUUUCUAUAAGGAUCUAUUAUGAUUAUUAAGAACAUUUGUAGACAGACUGAGCAUAUGUGAACCCUUGAAGGACCCUAAUACUUUUUUUUUCUGAUUAGCUUUGUGUUUUAUGUUCAUGAAGUGAUGUCUGAAAUAUAGAUGUGACUCCCAUGUCUUGUAUUAUAGUUGAGCCAUUGUAGAGAUAAAGUCCUGAAAACAGCUCUAGAUGGCAUUGACAUCAAGCCUAAGCGCAGACUAGAGAGACAAAUUCCGAUUUAAUUUUGUUCUUGAGUUUUUAAUAAGAUUUCCGCAUAAAAUCCAAAAGCAUGGCUUGAUGUGAUCUAUAGGAAUGGUUUGUGGUGAAUCCUUUAAUCUUGUGAAGUCUUCUGAUAUUAAGACUUUGAAGUACCAAUAUUUAAUUGGUUUUGUGCUAAUAUAUAAUUCAUAAAAAUGUCAAAAACCUUCUUAAAGUGUGAAUUAGAGCAGAAAAACAUUUCUGCCAUUGUGUAAUUUUGUGUUUGUUACUCUGGCUUGCAAAACCACUGUGAAAAUCAGUCCCAGGUUUCCAUGUGUGUGUAUGUUAAUUUAAUCAAGUCAUUAAACUUAACUGAGAUAAAUCCCUGUACACUUCUCUCUAUACAGCAUUACAAUGCAUACUGUCAUCAGUACAAUGUAUACUGUAAAUCAUUCACAGGAUUUUACAGCAACAAUCAUGAUGUAAUAACAUGAAUAUUGAUGACACGAAAACACAGCAACUCUUUAGCUCAUCUAAAAGUGCUGUGCUUGCAAAAAGUAACAAUAAAUGAACAAAACAACACAAUAAGUGGAUGAAAAUGUAGAAAUACAAACUUGGUACCAUUUUUUUUUUUGUACUUCUACUCUUCAGUUCUGUCCAAAGCCUUUCUAAAAGUCAACACAAAAUCAAUAAACUGUUUACCUUCCUAAUGUA